AUGAUUGAAUUUGUCGACAGCCAGGACCCAAACGUGAGGAGUGCCAUCCAGCGACACACGGCAUAUCACUCAGCAGCACAACGUCGAGAUGCUCGAUCAAGACUGCUGCGACGGUCUAGCCAGACGCGCUAUCUGGAAUGGGGCAGACGUCCCAGGUCAGAGAUGGAAAUGACCACUUCCUCUGCGAGCAGUGCGAGUUCUGUCUCCAUGUCACCGGCGCCUGAUCAGACUCGACGUUCUAGUGCCCAGGAGCAAGAGCCUGAGAGAUCUGAGGGACCGGCAAGUCAAGCAAGCCGAUCAGUUUCGAUUCCGGCCUCCGAAUCACUGCCAGUGGCGACCCCAUCAACAUCGCCGCCCAUAGCUGCCGAAGACGCAAUAUUGCAAUUUCUUUCCACAACAUUGUGCGCACAUGCAGAAUCUAGAGAGCCCUUUGACGCAGCUAUUAGGUUUAUGCGCGAACAUGAGGCGUCCCGAUGUCUGCUGCUUGCCUACUCCUAUGCGCUCCGAUGGAGAUUACACGGGAGCCCUGAAACGGCCCAGGAUCAUGUCGAUGCACAGUCGAAUCUGGGGCGAGGAACCAAUAUUCUCUGGAAUCAACUCCAAGUAUCCGGUCACGCCAGUUCCGAUGCCAACAUUCAAGCCGUGCUCCUGCUUGUAACCUACACCUCGGAUUUUGGCCAGGCUAACGAAGAACAAUUACACGUCGAUGCUCUCCGAACCAUGGUCGACCAGCGUGGAGGAGUAGACGCAUUCGGACAUAAUUCAGCACUACAGCGGCAAUUGUGGGCGAUUGGAAAUUCACGGGUGCAUCAUUUGACACUAAGUUGCGACUUGUCCUGUCCAGAACGGCGAAGGUUUCCCAACGGUCUCCGGCUGGGCCCCAUGGAAGAAGAGGACUGA